GGCGGAGAUAAAAGGCGUGGUUAACUAGCAGCCAUUUUAAAACUAUAAAACUGUAACAGUAUGUCUGAAGUAGAUGCUGUGAAAGAGGAGGAGGAGUUUGUGGUUAAGAAACAUGUCAGAUAUUUCAGUCGCUGUUUAGAUAUUUUACCGACGCAAUGUCAAUCGUUGGACGCUAACAGGAUGACAAUUCUUUUCUUUUGUCUAUCUGGUCUUGAUGUUUUGGAUAACUUGAGUGUCAUUGAUGAUCAGAGAGGGUCCGAGAUCAUUGAAUGGAUCUACUCUCAACAAGUCCUACCCGAUCAAUCAGACGAAUCAAGUCUUUCAAAGUGUGGGUUUCGAGGUUCAUCAUUUCUUGGAGUACCUCACGACAACUCUAAAUCUCCAGUGUCUUAUCCAUACGAUUGCAGUCACAUUGCAAUGACAUACACAGCACUGUCCUGCCUACUGAUAUUAGGAGAUAAUUUGAGUAGGAUUAACAAACCGGCAGUACUAACUGGUAUUAAAGCACUACAGCAACCUGAUGGAAGUUUUUGUUCCACUGUUGAGCAGUCGGAGUCUGACAUGAGAUUCGUGUAUUGUGCUUGCUGUGUUUCUUAUAUUCUUAACGACUGGUCAGUAGUUGAUGUCUCUCUCACUGCUGACUACAUAAAGAAAAGCUUAGCCUAUAACUUUGGUUUUGGUCAAGGUCCUUCUUUAGAAAGUCAUGGUGGUUCAACCUACUGUGCCGUUGCCUCACUCGUAUUAAUGAACAAGUUGGAGUCCACACUGACAUUGAGAGAAAUUGAAAGGAUCAAGAAGUGGUGCAUCAUGAGGCAACUGACGGGUUUCCAGGGUCGACCCAAUAAACCAGCUGAUACUUGCUACUCGUUUUGGAUCGGAGCCACUCUUGAAAUGUUAGGUGCCAGUGAUUGGGUUGAUAAAGAACUGAACGUUCAAUUCAUACUAUCAACUGAAGGAGAAUACACUGGUGGAUUUUCAAAGUGGCCCAAAUGUCACCCUGAUCCAUUACAUUCCUAUUUGGGUCUUUGUGGUUUAUCGCUAACAAAUUAUUCCCAAUUAAAGCCCAUCAGUGCACCUCUCAACAUCAGCCAGAGAGCAGCAGAAUGGCUCCAGUCCAUAAGAGGCAACUUUUAAAAGGAAAAACAAAUUCUAGUUUUUAUAAUAAUUAUUUUUUAUUAUUUUUAAUUAGUAAUGAUUAGUGGGAGUGGCUCAUUAGCAUUU